AAAACCUUAAACCUAACCACAAUUUUUGUUGCUUGAAAUGUAAACAUGAUGUGAUAAACAUGAUAAAAUUUUUAAAAUUUUUCAAUUUAUCAGCAAUUCUAAUUUCUUUGUUGGGGCUUACUGCCGUUGUCGGAGAUUAUCUGGUUCUGCAUACGAAUCUUGACUUGUUCCAAGCUGUCUUCGAUAACGCAACCCAUGCAAUAAUUGGUGGUUUAACUUGGUUUAUAUUCUGUUUGCGUUACAAAAACUCAAAUACAUUUCAAAAUUUAGCGGAAGUAGCAGUAUGUGCAACAAUAUCUUCCGUGAUAGAUCUGGACCAUUUUGUAGCUGCGAGGUCUUUGCGUCUAGAGGAUGCAACAAAUCUAAAACAUAGACCACCACUUCAUUGUUCAACAUUUCCACUCCUCACAUGUUUCAUACUUCUCCUAGCAAGUUACCAUCUAGAAAUGAUAGAGUUGAAACGCAGCACACUCAUCCUAUUUGCAGCUUUUUUCACUCACCAUGUUAGAGAUGGUACCAGAAGAGGGUUGUGGAUCUACCCUUAUGGUUCAACUCCACCAAUUCCAUAUGCUGUUUAUGUUGCAUUGAUAUGUUUAGCACCUUAUGGUUUAUUUUUCUUACAUGACUUGUUCAAAAUUAGGAUAAGUGGAAAUGAAAUUCAGCUGUGAUAUUGAUUCUAGUUUACAUAUUUAUUAAACAAAAAAAAGAAACCAGUUUUGACAGUCUAACAAAUAAUCAUUAUUCAAAUUUUGCAUUAUGACUUAAGGAAAUUUAUCUGAGAAAUUUCACGUAAGGCAAAAAUAACAGGCAUAAUAAUAGGCAUCUAGAAAUAAAUGAGAAAAAUAAAAAUCCAUGUGAUUCAAAUAUCUAAGUUGAUUUCCAGACUAUUUUAGGGUAAUUUCAAAGUAAGCAUAAAGUCAUGAUUAAACUUAUCAAUAUUUGUUCUUAGAUCAUUACAUUCUCUAGAUUUGAAAACUCUCCCGAACAAUAAUGAUAUCAUAAAAUAUAUUCUUAUAGUGUAGACAACAUGAACAAUAAUUGAUGUUGAUAUAAUAUGUUAGUAUGUUCGCUUAUUAUAAACCUGUUUUAUAUUUUUUACUGCAUAA